UUGAUUAAAACGUCGCCACCUCAUUCCUACAUCGUCAUUCCAACACUCGAUGCCUCACCCUUUGAGCUGUUAAGCUUCUCCACGCGACAGAUUACUCUCUCUCCCUCCCUCGUCCCCUUCCUCUUCAUUUUGCCCCCAGAGUCCAUACGGUCCCCUUUCCCCAUCCUUAUCUCUCUCUCCCUCUCUCUUCCUCUAAGGGGACCCCCAUGGCUUCAUGAGCUUGAGAUUUCUGAUGGGGUUUUCGUUCUGAAGAAGAAAAAUUCAUUUGGGGCUCCAAGUUUGACACUUUUUUUUCUUUUCGUGAAUCUGGUUGGGAAUUGGAUUGGAUACUGUGUGAGCUUGAAGUUUGGGGCUCUAUCUGAAGGAGGAUUGAGAAUAUCUUUAAGUUUUGUGAAUAUUGUGGGAUCCAGAGAUGUCUGCGGGGGCAUCUUCUUAUUGGUGUUACAGAUGCAGUCGGUUUGUGAGGGUCCGGAGGCAGGACGUGGUGGUGUGUCCCGACUGCGACAGUGGAUUCGUGGAGGAGAUUGAGCAAAUGCCUCGGCCUGCAUCCAUUGUGGAUUCGCGGCCGCGGAGGUUCCCGGCGGCUUCUAUGUAUAUGAUCGGCAACAACCACCAGAAUUCUGGACGCACUCUGCGUCCUGCUUUGAGGAGGGCUCGUCGGAGCGGUGGCGAUAUUUCUAUGGUUAAUCCGGUUGUCGUGCUCCGUGGAUCUCCUAACCGGGCGAGUCAUGAUUCCGGCGGUGGACAUGGGCGCGGGUUCGAGCUUUACUACGAAGACGGCCCUGGCUCCGGUCUCCGGCCUCUGCCUCCUAACAUGUCAGAGAUUCUUCUGGGAUCUGGAAUUGACAGGCUUCUGGAACAGCUUUCUCAGAUAGAAAUGAACGGUAUUUCGCGAUACGAGCCACCUCCGGUUUCCAAAGCCGCUAUAGAUUCAUUGCCGACGAUCGAGAUUCACGAGAGCCAUCUUGCGACGGAAUCACACUGCGCCGUCUGUAUGGAGCCUUUUGAAUUGGGCACAACUGCUCGUGAAUUGCCUUGCAGGCACAUUUACCAUUCGGAAUGCAUCUUGCCGUGGCUCGCUCUCCGGAAUACGUGCCCUGUUUGCCGGCAGGAACUCCCGGCAGAUACGCAGAACGUUAAUGGUCCUGUUUCCGGGCAUUCUCUCUCUUGGAACGACGAUGACAACGUGGGAUUGACCAUUUGGAGGCUUCCUGGUGGUGGCUUCGCGGUGGGCAGGUUCGCCGGUGGGAGAAGAAGCUCUUCUGAUCGUGAGCUUCCUGUUGUGUACACAGAAAUGGACGGUGGCCUUGGAAACGGCGGCGAACCGAGGAGGGUGACUUGGUCGACGACGACAGAGAGUCGAGGAAGAGACAGUAGUGGAGGUGGAGGAUUCCGCAAAAUGUUUCGCAAUCUUUUUGGUUGCUUCAGCCCUGGAGCUCGAGCUCAAUUCUCCGCUUCUUCUUCAUCUUCUUCUUCUUCUUCCCCAGAACCUCGAACCUUCAGGAGUAAUAUCUCUCGUUCUCGUCCCAUCGUGAAUACCACAAUGCGCUCCCGAAGAACCUGGUCUCUGGAUGGCAACGGCGGAACCAGACCUUGGUAACAUAACAGAGGGAAAACCAAGAAGAAGAAAAAAGUCAGAACUUUGUUUCGGGGUUCAUCAACUGGUUCAAUUGACUGUUUUGUUAUAUAUUCAAAACACUGAAUCCCCAUUUUUAUCUUCUAAACAUGGUCCAAACUAUCACUAGCUCUGUUCUUCAGAAGGUAAAACAUAGGGUUUUAGUCUAGAUUCAAGCAUGGUGGUGAAAGUGCACAAGGGAAUUGGGUCUAAGCGGGACGAAAAGCACUGUAACAGGGUUAAGCAAUUCGAGAUAUGUACUGAAUUGUAAAGGGCUUGAUUUUUUUUGUAUGUGUCAGAGAGCAGAAACGAAGCAGCAAAACUGGGAGAAAACCCCGUACUGUAUAUUGGCUUUUGUGGUGGCAAGGAAGGGGAAAGGGGACUUCUCACCAUAGUCAUCACAACAUUUGUAUUUUCUGUAGCUAUAGCUUCAGGUCAUGUUUCAAGUUGAUUAAAAAUUUGUUGUUGAGAGUAUAUAUAUAAUCUUAUACCAAAAUCAUAGCAAUCUAUUGUCUA